UUACAUUUAUAUACCGAUCCUUGAGUGUUUAAUGGCAUCAUGUCUGUGUAAAAAGUUUGGCUGCCAUCUUCAUCUGUACGUGACAUCAGUCAUGUACAUCAUUCAUGUACAUCAGUCAUGUAUGAUUCAUAAGUGCUUUCUCAAGCUCUUCAUUCUUCCAUCUUGAAAGAAAUUAUGGAAUCGGAGAGCCUGAAUGUAUGUGGUUGUAACCAGCAUAGAAAGAAUUGUAUACCAAUAAAAGUAUGUGAGAAAGCUCUGCUCUCAGUGAAUGAUUUUGGCUUUUUUGCCAAAAUAUCUAUUUCUUGCAAAAACAGUCUUGGUGAUGUCAGGCACUCAGUUGCUUAUCUCUGUGACUCAUCCAAUUUUGUUGAGAUUGUGACAGCCACAGUGAUUGACCUCAGGUGGAGGUGGAGGCAAUUUUUAAUGGUCUCAGUCACAACUUUACAUUGAAAAUAGUUCCAAAGGCAGUUUUUCUUUAAGUUAAUUUUUUAAGAAAAUCUAUUUUCUGAAUGAAGCCAUCCUCAAAUUAAAGUGAGUGAUACUGAGCUUUUGUGAUUAGGCUGUGAUUCUGUGCUUUAAUGCAGUGAGCUUUGUUAUUGAUCUUACAAAAUCAUGGUAGCUCAGUCUGCUAAAGGAUGGCAUAAUGUCAAGCAUCUGCAUGGAGGCUAUGUUUUUUGGGAUCAAGAAACUUCCUCAAUAGCUGAACCAUCGUGAAGACACACCCAGACUAUGACUGGUCUCCCUUGUAGAGAAUAUAAGUUUAUAGUUGCAUAUUUCAGUUUGCCAGCUUUGUUGCUGAUGAUGUGGUGGUGUUUAUGGAUAUUUCAGUUUGCCAGCUUUGUUGCUGAUAGUUUGGUAGUGUUUCUACACAAAGAAACACCAUAGCCCCAGAUCAGUGGGGCAGAGAUGUUCUGUAGUGCACUUGUGGUGACUAUUAAAUGUUUUGAAUUAAGUGAAUACAGAAGUUUUGAGGUCUUGGGUGUGAGUGGAUGGACCUGCACCACCACCGCCACCACCAACGCUGUUCUCCUCCGCAACCUAACUGGAGAUGAAUCGGCUAGUUUUACUAAAGAGGAAAUGCAGCAAGGGAAACAUCAGGAGUUUGAAAAGAAGCUUCAGGACUUAUACUUAGGAAGUUCAGCGAAUUCGACAAAUGAAAAGAAUAAUACUCCUGCACCACCAACUCAAGCCAACAGCUCAGGAAGUGGAAGUUCCAGUAAAAAAGGCUCAUCAGGAGGGGGUAAGGAGAACAGUGCCCCCAAAACGCUACAGGAUACCCACACCUCGGCUCCAAGCACGGGAGAGGCCUGGCCUUGCCUAGCGACUGCCACAAAGGAAGGGAAAAAGUCUAAAUCCAGCAGAGCAGACAGAAGCAAUGGCUCAGCAAGACACACCCCAACAGACGAACAUAAUAAUAAUAACAAUAGUAAUAAUAAUAAUAAUAAUAACAACAACAUCGUCAGUAAAAGAGGGAGUAAAGAGAGAGAAAGAUCAGGCAACACAAGCAGCAGCAGCAGUAGUAGUAAUAUCAGCACAAAUGGUAUCAGCAGCAGCAGCAGCAGCAGUAGCAGUAAUGGGCUAGGGGUUGACAUGAUGAGUCACAGUGUUAGUCCUGUGGCCACUUCUUCACCAUCUUCAGGCCAAGAAAGCUGCACGUCCUCUGCCUCCACCACUCCUCCUCCAUCAUUUGAUGGCGCCGUUAUCUCUUCCUCUCCUCCAUGUUCCUCUCCUGUGCCAGUGUCAUGUGUGCAGGGGCUGUGCCAAGACGAGUCCUCUCCCUUGCCCACUCCUCCUUCCUCCCUCUCCUCUUCCUCAGAACCUUCUUCCUCGCUCUCCUUACCACAGCAGUUUUCCCGUUCAGCUGCUGCUGUUUCCCUAUUCUCAGACAACAACAACAGUUUUUUCUCCUCUGGGCCGGCGCUUCCUCUUCAGCGAACAUCACCUCCCCUUCCUCCAGCCUCUACCUCUCCUCAUCAGCAGCCGCAGCAGCAACAGCCACAGCAGCAGCAGCAACAACAGCAACAACAGCAACAACAACAGCAGCAGCCAAAGCAGCCAAAUCAACAGCAGCAGCAACAAAAUCAACAGCAACCACAGCAGCAACAGCAACAGACACCACAGCAACCAUCCCAACCAUCACUACACAGCAAUCCUGUCAGCAGCAGCCACCAGCACACUCGUGGGAGUACGCCAGAUUGGAGCAACAAGCCAUCAGAAGUCUUUGAUAUGGACAGUGUAUUUCCCUCUCAGAGUCACACGAAUGGUACUUGGAACAGUAUAUUUGAUUUUGAAAAAAGUGAAGACCUUCCACUCAGCAGUAAUUUUGUAGAUGAUGAGUUAGGUUUUGAUCCAUUUGAGGAGACUAACAAAGCAUUGGCAGAAGACAUCAAGAUAGAACAGAAGCAACAGCAGCUCCGAAACCAGCACCAGAUAAGUCAACACCACCAUCACCAUCACCACCACCACCACCACCACAGUCAGUUGCAGUCUCAGCAUCAGCAGCAUCAACAGCAACCACUAAGAACAGGCACCAAGUCACUGAUGGACUAUUCUUCUAGUGGACAGUCCAGACCUAGGUUACCUCCUCCCGGUUUUAAUGGUCUGAGUAGCUUUAAUUCCUAUGGGAUGCCCAGACAGAGCCAGCCUGAGCCCAGCAAGCUGCUCCCACCUUUCCUCAGUGGGUUGCCCAGCAAUCCUUCCCUGGGUACGCCAGGCAUUGGGUCUGGCCCCUCUGUUCCUUCACCCAUGAAUGGCAUGGUGGGAUCCAGUGGCUUGGGUGUUCCUCCAGGUCUGGGUGGAAACCUGUUGGGCAGCAAUAACUCAGGUGGGCUAGGAAGUGGUGGCUUGCCUCAACACCUGCUCACUCCUGCCUCCCUUCUGAGCUUGGACACACCUCUCAGUGCCUCUCAAGGUCCACCAGGUAUAGGACUCCCCAAAGGUGAUGCAUUCCUCCUCAAAGAUUUAGAGAACGGUCUGCGCAGCAUCCUGCCCACCAUCAGCUCGGUUAGCACGAUGAACACUCUCAACACAGUGAAUACCCUUAACUCCCUCGCAGGCGGGGCAAACAACCAAACUUCACAAAACAAUCCUCUUACAAACUUCUUGAAUAUGGCUCACCAGCACCAACAACAACAGCAACAGCAGCAGCAACAACAGCAGCAGCAGCAGCAGCAGCAGCAGCAGCAGCAGCAGCAGCAGCAGCAACAUCCUUCUCAGCAGUCCCUCCUUCAUCAACUUACCAUGAGCUCUCUAGCAAACUCCCACAAAGGUUGGAGCAACACUGGUGCCCCAGAUCUGACAGUACUCGACCCAGCAAUUGUAUCUUCAGGACAACUGACUGACUCUCGCUCAGAUUCUCCUCCCCACUGGAUGAAAACAAUGGAGCAGCUCACAGAGGCAGGUCCUCAUCCCCUCUGGAACAACUUAAUCCCAUACAACCUUACUUCCUCUGGCUUGCCAACUGGUUUGGGUCCCCACACAGGCCAGUCGGGUCCUGCGGCUCCCACACAGCGCUCCGUGGCUCCCAUGUGGCCCCCAACCUCUCCACCACCAGGCUUCAACUCCCUCUCCCCUCUACACCACCCCAAACAGCACGAACCACACAAGAUCGAGAGUAAGUGCUGAGUGAGUCCACACAGAUCUCUAAUGGCAGUAAAUGGACAGACUUUUAUUGUGUGUGAAUGAAGAAGAACUACAGAAGAGUCUAAUGUAUUGAGCUCCAGACCCCAUGUCAUCCUGUUCAAAACUGUUUAGGGGAACAAACCUCAGUCAUAUAGCCACUUUCAGAUGCAUUGUUUAGAAGAAAAACGGUAGAAGGAAAGUAGAACUUUUCUGUAAUCUGAUCAGCAAUCUGUGAACCCUACUAAGAUAUUUUAUAUCUGUUUAAAUAUAUUGGAAUUAAUAAAGAGGAGUUAGAUAGGCUCCAAUUUCAACAGUUUAUUUUAUCUACUGAGGCUUUACACUUUCCCUUUGCUGUUUUUUGGCAGCCUGUUUAACCUGCAUGCAUUCAGAGUCAUUUUCUUCUAUUAUUAUCUUGAUUUAUGAUAGCAUUGCACCUGGCAGUUGGCAUUCUUGCUGCAUCUCUAGCUGAUAGCUCUGGGAGAAGUUGGGCAUACUUUAUAUUUUCCCCACUUAACUUCAGUAUUAAAUUGUAUUACAUAUUUCUCAGUCAUUAAGCAUAGUUUCAUUUAUGUUGUGGAAGUAUUUUUGUGCACUUAUAAUUAACUGUGAAUUUGUCUCCUGCAAACAUCCUGAAGCAGGAGAGGAGUGACAGCUCAAGGAGAGUGAGUGUUGCUCUCAAGUGCCGACAACAAAUACUCUUGCCGGCAUGAGGUGGUUCUUUAAUUAAUUUACAUAUCAUUUUGAGCUUACUUAGACUGAUGAUUAACAUCCAGAUAGGUCACUCUUUUAACACUCAACACACAAGGAAUCAGGAUGAAAAGUGUACAUGUAUAUGUGAAUAUAUAUAUAUAUACACAAAGUACAUGGAGAUAUUUACACUUGCUCACUACCAUAUUUGAGGGUCAAUCUACCACCAUGUUGCUGUUUCAUCAUGUACACACACUUAUUCCCUUGGUAGCCAGCAUUCAGGUGUGUAUUGACUCGUGUAUAUGAAAUUUAUAAUAUUCAUGUCUGUGCUAUUUAUCAAUGCUUUAUACUACAAGGCAAGCCUCUUCCCUUAAUGACAAAUGAUUAGUGAUGGCCUCCUCUACAUGAUUCCAUAAGUAUUUCAGACUGUUAUCCCCCAACCUCUUCUGGAUUUAUUUUCAUUUUUUGGCAUAUAUAUAUAUAUUGUAUACAAAUAUAUGAUAUAUAUAUACAUAUAUUAUAUACAUCUGUUUUUGUUGGAGUAUGGUGAUGUGGAUGCACUGCUCCCAGAAAGUGGUGGUGUUCCCUGCUGCCAUGAUGAAAUAUAUAACAUAAUGCUGUUUAAACCUUGAAGUGUGGUUGAAUUGCUGUGCUGGAGAAAACUUUUAUAUAAGCGUGCAAAUGGGAGUGCUGUUAGUGAGCCAGGAUGCUGAGAUAUGUGCCGGGGCCGAGGCAACAUCUGUGGGACAUCUGAUACCAUGGUAUAUUCUAGGACAACAUUGAACCAAACAUUCUAAUCUGAAAAUAAAACUGAAAACCAAA